AUGGACGGCGGCCAGCUCCGCGAUGAGGCCGCUCAAGAUCGAGUGCGUGCGGCCACCGAAUUCCUCGACCCACAAAAUGAUCCUAGAGCCCGAAGCUACCGGGCAGAUAUCGUUCUAAUGCUGAACCGUGGUCUGCGGCGAUUGAUAGUCAGCAUUGAUGAAAUUCGAGCACACAACCGAGAAUUAGCAGAUGGCUUGCUCACAUCACCGUUCGAUUAUUCGCAAGCCUUUGAUACCGCUCUCAAAAAUAUCAUCCCGACGCUAGGAGGCCGCUCGGCGAAAGAAACAGCCGACAAUGUGAACUAUUACUGCGCCUACGUCGGUGCAUUCGGAGAGUACUCGUGCAACCCUAGAACGCUAGGCUCCGCCCAUUUGAACCGGAUGAUCUCGCUCGAGGGAAUUGUCACAAAGUGCUCUUUGGUCAGACCGAAGGUGAUUCAGAGUGUGCACUACAGCGAACGGAAAGACAGAUUUUUCUCCAGAAAAUACCGGGAUCAGACUAUGACUGCUAGUGGUGCGACGAGCCUGAACGUCUAUCCCCAAGAAGACGAUGAGAAGAACCCGCUCAUUACCGAGUACGGUUACUCCACAUACAUGGAUCACCAGACCAUUUCUAUCCAGGAAAUGCCCGAGAGAGCACCUGCUGGUCAACUGCCCCGGAGCGUAGAUGUUAUCCUUGACGACGAUCUUGUCGACAGAGCCAAACCCGGUGACCGGAUUCAGUUGGUCGGAAUCUAUCGUUCUCUCGGUAACCGUAAUGCCGGCUCGGGGUCGUCUACUUUCCGCACGAUUGUACUUGCGAACAAUAUCAUCCACCUAUCGUCCAAGUCCGGCGGAGGGAUUGCGCAAGCCACCAUCACCGACACGGAUAUUCGCAACAUCAACAAGAUCUCCAAGAAGAAGAAUGUCUUCGAAUUGAUGUCGCACUCCCUGGCUCCUAGCAUCUACGGACACGAUUAUGUCAAGAAGUCUCUCUUGCUGAUGCUGCUUGGUGGUAUGGAAAAGAACCUGGACAAUGGCACCCAUCUGCGUGGUGAUAUCAACAUUCUUAUGGUCGGUGAUCCUUCGACCGCCAAGUCUCAGCUUCUGCGAUUCGUCUUGAACACCGCCCCCCUCGCAAUUGCCACUACCGGACGAGGCUCUUCGGGCGUUGGUCUGACGGCUGCUGUCACAUCGGACAAGGAGACAGGAGAGCGUCGGCUAGAGGCUGGUGCCAUGGUUCUUGGUGAUCGGGGUGUCGUGUGUAUUGAUGAGUUCGACAAAAUGAGUGACGUGGACCGUGUGGCCAUCCACGAAGUCAUGGAACAGCAGACUGUGACGAUUGCGAAGGCCGGUAUUCACACUAGCUUGAACGCUCGCUGCAGUGUUCUGGCGGCUGCUAACCCGAUCUAUGGCCAAUACGACCCUCACAAAGACCCUCACAAGAACAUCGCUCUGCCGGACUCCCUUUUGUCCCGUUUUGAUCUUCUCUUCGUCAUCACGGAUGAUAUCGAAGACUCCAAAGAUCGAAUGGUGUCCGAGCAUGUUCUGCGCAUGCAUCGGUACCGUCAACCUGGCACCGAGGAAGGUGCGCCGGUUCGAGAGCAGCUCAAUCAGACGUUGGGUGUUGGCCUCGAGGAUAACCAGGAUUCGAACCAGCCCACGGAAGUCUACGAGAAGUUCAACUCCAUGCUUCACGGGGGCAUGACCAACCCUCAGGGCCGGAAGAAGGAAAUCGAAAUUCUGAGCAUCCCCUUCAUCAAGAAGUACAUCCAAUAUGCCAAGUCGAGAGUCAAGCCUGUCUUGACGAAGGGAGCCGCUGACCACAUUACCGCCACGUACUCUGCUCUGAGAAAUGAUGAGCUCACCGGUAACCGGCGCAGAACAUCGCCUAUCACUGCCCGUACCCUGGAGACCCUGAUCCGUCUGUCCACUGCUCAUGCAAAGUCGCGUCUGUCAAAUCGAGUCGAAGAGAAAGACGCCAAGGUCGCCGAGUCCAUCCUGCGCUUUGCCAUGUUCAAAGAAGUCCUGGAUGAGCGCCGCAAGCGGAGAAAGGUGACUACCUUUGACGAAGACUCCGACGAGAUGAGCGAUUCCGACUCCGAAGACUCGGAUGACGAUAACACUCCCGCGCAAACCACGAGCGCUACCCCCCGGUCUACCCGCAGAAACGGCGCCUUGCGGACGCGCAGUGCCGCCAACCGGUCCUCCGUCGACGAGAUGGACGCAGACGGCGACGAUGUCUCCGAGGAUGGAGACGGCUUGUAUAGCGCUAGCCCCCGUGGCCAGCGCCUGCGGUCAAGCCAGACCAACCGCACGCAGACACAGAGUCAGUCCCAGAUGUCAGUGGCAUCGUCUCAUCCUGCCUCGCAGCUUGUGCAGUCGCAGACGGACAACUCGCAAUCGCAGAGCGCGUCGUCUCAGCCCAUCCAGCCCCAGCGGCUGGAGGUCUUCCGUCGCGCUCUUGGUCCGCUUAUGGGCACGCAGUUGUUUGUUGGUAAGGAUGAAGCGGAUGUGGAGGAUCUUAUCGGCGCUGUGAACACCGCCGUGCGCUCCUCGCCGUCGCUCGGCCAGGCACACGUGUUCCAGCGUGCCGAGGCGAUCCAGGCCCUGAAGGCCAUGAACGAGAGAAAUGAGUUGAUGUUCCUCGAAGAUGACGAAACUGUCUAUAGAAUUUAA